AUGGAGCGGGCUCUGUGCCGGGGGUCGGAGCGGGGCUCGGGGCUGCUGUCCCUGGGCCGGGGGCUGCUCUGGGCCCUCCCCGCUUACGCCGCGGGGCUGCUGGGGCUGGGGGCGGGCGCGCUGGUGCUGGCGCUGGCGCUGUACACCGGGUGGCGGCGGCGGCGGCGGAACCGGGAGCGCGGGAUGCGCUUGGCCGCCCAACUGCACGGCGAUGAAGAGGCCGCGGUGCGCGGGGCCGCCGGGCGCGGGGAGCUCCCGGCUUGGGUCAGCUUCCCAGAUGUGGAGAGGGCGGAAUGGCUGAACAAGGUCCUGGCCCAGGCCUGGCCCUUUUUCGGGCAGUACAUGGAGAAGCUGCUGGUGGAGAACGUGGCCCCAGCCAUCCGUGCCUCCAACACCCACCUCCAGACCUUCACCUUCACCAAGGUGGACAUGGGGGAGAAGCCUCUCCGGGUCCUGGGGGUUCGGGCUCACCCCGGUGCCCACAAGAAGCAGAUUCUGCUGGACCUCAACAUCAGCUACGUGGGUGACGUCCAGAUCGAUGUGGAGGUGAAGAAGUUCUUCUGCAAGGCGGGGGUGAAAGGCAUGCAGCUCCACGGGAUGCUGCGGAUCAUCCUGGAGCCCCUCCUGGGGGAUGUGCCCAUCGUGGGGGCUCUCACCAUGUUCUUCAUCCGGCGCCCAACCUUGGACAUCAACUGGACAGGGAUGACCAACCUCCUGGACAUCCCGGGACUCAGCUCCAUGUCGGACACGAUGAUCAUGGACGCCAUCUCCUCCUUCCUGGUCCUGCCCAAUCGCCUCCUGGUACCGCUGGUUCCGGACCUACACGAAGCUGCGCAGCUCCGCUGCCCCCUGCCCCGGGGGGUGGUGCGGGUGCACCUCCUGCGUGCCCGGGACCUGCGCUCCAAGGAUCGGUUCAUGGGGGGGCUGGUGAAGGGCAAAUCGGACCCCUACGCCGUCCUGCGGGUCGGCACCCAGGUUGUCACCAGUCGUGUCAUCGAUGACAACCUCAACCCCGUCUGGGACGAGGUCUACGAGUUCAUCGUGCACGAGGUGCCGGGACAGGAGAUGGAGGUGGAGCUGUUUGACAAGGACCCCGACCAGGACGAUCUCCUGGGCAGGAUGAAGCUGGAUUUCGGGGAGGUGCUGAAGGCCCGGGUGCUGGAGGAGUGGUUCCCGCUGCAGGAGGGGGGGCAGGGGAGGCUCCACCUGCGCCUGGAGUGGCUCACACUGAUGUCUGACACCUCCAAACUGGACCAGGUUUUGGAGAGGAACCGAACGAUCGUGGCCAAACCUGAGCCCCCCUCAGCUGCCAUCCUGGUCGUGUACCUGGACCGGGCUGAGGACCUGCCCAUGAAGAAGCCAGGCAAGGAGCCCAACCCCAUGGUGCAGGUGUCGGUGCAGGAUGUGACACGGGAGAGCAAGGUGGUCUACAACACCUCUGCUCCCAUCUGGGAAGACGCUUUCCGCUUCUUCCUGCACGACCCCAUGAACCAGGACGUGGACAUCCAGGUGAAGGACGACCCCCGCCAGAGCAGCCUGGGGUCCCUCUCGCUGCCCCUCUCCCGGCUCCUCACCGCCCCAGACCUGACUCUGGAUCAGCCCUUCCAGCUCCAGCACUCGGGGCCCAGCAGCCGCCUCUACAUGAAGCUGGUCCUGCGGGUGCUUUUCUUUGAUGCCCCUGAGAAUGGUGGCCCACCCCCCACCCCCCCGGGGCAGCCUGACCCCCUGACCAGCACCAGUGGCACCCAACGUCCCACCCAUGCCAGCCCGGACCCCCAGUUUGGCACCGAGCACGUCCUGCGGAUCCACCUCCUGGAGGCCGAGAACCUGAUCGCCAAGGACAACUUCUUCAAGGGGAUGGUGCGGGGCCGCUCCGACCCCUACGUCAAGGUGCGGGUGGCCGGGGGGGUCUUCCGCAGCCGCGUGAUCAAGGAGAACCUCAACCCCCGCUGGAACGAGGUCUACGAGGCCAUCGUGGACAACGUCCCGGGGCAGGACGUGGAGUUUGAUCUCUUUGACAAAGACAUCGACAAGGAUGACUUCCUGGGACGGUGCAAGGUGCCGCUGAGGAGGGUGCUGAGCACCCGCAUUGUCGAUGAGUGGCUGCCCCUGGAGGAGGUGAAGUCGGGGCGGCUGCACGUGCGUCUGGAGAGGCUGAGCCCCCACCCCAGCACUGCCCUCCUGGAGCAGGUCCUGCACACCAACAGCCUCCUGCAGCCGGCCCGGGGCGAGGACCUGGCGGCCGCGCUCCUCUCCGUCUUCGUGGACCGAGCAGCUGAUCUGCCGCUCCGGAAGGGCUCCAAGCCCCCCGCUGCCUUUGCCAGCCUGGCCGUGGGCACCGUGACCGCCAAGACCAAGACCUGCUCCCCCUCCACUGAGCCCGUGUGGGACGAAGGCUUCUCCUUCCUCAGCAGGAGGCCCCACGGGGAGUCGCUGGAGCUGCAGGUGAAGGAGGAGGGGGGGCAGCCCCUGGGGACCCUCACGCUGCCCCUGUCCCAGCUCCUGGCCACCGAGGGGCUGGCGAUGGACGGGUGGGUGCCCCUGGCCGGGGGGGGACCCAGCAGCCAGAUCCUGCUGCGGGUGCAGCUGGGGGUGCUGGUGUCACAGCAGGCAGAGGCAGGAGCUGGCAGCGUGUCCCUGGACGGGGGGGACAGUGUCCCCCAACCCACUGAGGCUCCGGGGGAGGAAGAGGGUGGGGCCGGGGGGCUGCGUCAGCGCCUGCUCCCCACUGACAGCCCCCCCGAGCAGGCAGAGGGUCCCCUGGGCCGGCUGCAGCUCACGGUCUGGUACCACGGGGACGAACGCAAGCUGGUGGCCAUCGUCCACGGCUGCAGGAAGCUGAGGCCGGUGUCGAAGGAGCUGCCGGACCCCUACGUGUCCCUGGUGCUGCUCCCCGACCGCAGCCGCAGCACCAAGAGGAAAACCAGCGUGCAGAAGAGGACCCUGAACCCCGACUUCAACGAGAGGUUCGAGUGGGACAUCUCCCUGGAGGAGGCCUCGCGGCGCAAGCUGGAAGCUCACGUCAAGUCCCCCCUGUCCUUCAUGUCCCGGGAGAAGGAGGCGCUGGGCAAGCUCCAUCUGGACCUGGCGCGGGUGGAUUUGUCCGAGGGGGGAACCCACUGGUACGAGCUGCAGGAUGAGAGGAGCAGCCCCUAGAGCUGGGGAACCCCCAGACCCCCCCAGUCCCCACCACGCUUGGGGCAGUGGGAAGGGUGAGGGGGGUGGGGUCGUGUCCCCCCCCCAGCUGCUCCUCCCGCACCCCCUGCCCCCGCCUCCACUGACCAAAGAUGCACCGGGUGGGGCCCCCCUGUGCCCCCCCAGACUGUUACGGACCUCGUGCCUUUCGCCCACCGAGGACCCUCCCGAUGUGGGGGUCCCCGUGCUCCCACGCCCCCUCCCCCCGGGAGAUGCUUCUGUUCGAGCCGCUGUCACCGCCACGAUGCCACCACCGUGCCACCACCGCGCUGCCACCACCGCGCCCACCCCCCCGCUGCCUUCCCGGGGCUGCGUCCCCGUGUGCGCGAGUGUCCCCCCCCCGUGACAAUAAAGGAGGGAG